AAACGAAGCUAUGAAUCCUGCUACCGUCGAUGAAUCUCUGAGCCAGCGGCGUCCAUGGUGGCAAAACAAAUAUGUAGUAUACGACAUUGUCAUGAGCGUGCUCUUGAUAGGCUUCAAUGUUGCAACCUACUUAUUCCCUUAGUUGAAAAAAAAAACCAUAUGAUGGAGGUUUUUGUGGCUUACUACUGCUUUGGAAUCAUUGCUGGUGUGGGUACAUGGGUCCGCAUGUUUAAGAAGAAGUUCCCCGAACGUCCCUUCGAAGGCGGUGUCAUGGCUUUUGCUCAUAUCCUUGGCGUUCUUGUACUCUUUAAUUUUUGA